AUGGUGGCAUCACCUCUUAGUCCCCAUGAUGCCUCAGCACAGCUUACGACUUUCAAGUCAUAUGUGGCACUGAUUGAUGAUCCAACUCCGGGAAUUGUGGAGAAAAAACUCAAAGCUGCACAAGAAUUGAGCGAGAACUUUGAGAGUGUAGUACUCUCUCCACAAUAUCCACAAUUCCUAGCCGAUGCUUUGCGAGUAUUCCUCAAGAUUUUGGAGGAGGGAGAACCACAGUUUAUAGCGGAACAAAAUAUGCAGCAAUUGAGAAAGUUAUUGCUUGAGAUUAUACACCGAAUUCCCAGUAAUGACCACCUGAAGAAAUUUGUACAGCAGAUCUUGUCUCUCAUGUUUAAACUUCUCAAGAUAGAGAAUGAGGAAAAUGUGUUGGUUUGUUUGCGGAUCAUCAUAGAGCUACACAAACAGUAUAGACCACAGAUGAAUGAGGAGAUCAAAGAUUUUCUUACAUUUGUGAAGAGUAUCUACAAUGCCAUCCCUAACCACUUACCAAAGAUUUUUGAACCUCACAACCAAGUAAAGGUGAAGGACGUGAUGGAGAUCAAUGUAGAUGCUCUCCUCCAGGAGACAUUCACCGUCACAACCAUCAUGACUGAUAAGAAAAAUGCUGAUAAUCAAAACAUUUCUUAUAACAUCAUUCCACGUGGGAUCCUGUCCCUUAAGGUGUUGGCUGAGCUCCCCAUCAUAGUAGUCUUGAUGUACCAGCUUUACAAGCAAAACGUCCACCAGGAGGUCGCAGAUUUCAUUCCUCUGAUUAUGAACACCAUCAUCCUACAGCCAGCCAGUGUCCACAGGUCCAGUCCAUCCUUUAACAAGGAGGUGUAUGUGGAUUUCAUUGCAGCCCAAAUAAAGACAUUGUCAUUCCUAGCCUACAUCAUCAGGUUUUAUCAGGAACAAGUUCAGGUACAUGCCACUCCGAUGAUGAAAGGUCUUCUGGGAUUGCUCACCUACUGUCCACAGGAAGUCGCUCACCUCCGUAAAGAUCUGUUGAUUGCUGCACGACAUAUCCUGGCCACAGACCUAAGAAAUAAGUUUGUUCACUGUAUAGACAAGCUCUUUGAUGAGAAUGUCCUGAUUGGUUCUGGCUGGACAACAUAUGAGUCACUGCGUCCCUUAGCUUACAGCACACUUGCUGACCUUGUCCAUCAUGUUCGACAGGCUUUACCACUCAAUGAGCUCUCUCUUGCUGUGAACUUGUUUAGUAAGAAUGUUCAUGAUGAGUCCCUGCCAAGUUCAAUUCAAACAAUGUCAUGUAAACUUCUAUUGAACCUGGUAGAGUGUAUUCGUGCCAAGAGUGAGCAGGAGAAUGGAAAUGGGAGAGAACUCUUGAUGAGGAUGCUAGAGGUUUUUGUUCUCAAGUUUAAAACCAUUGCCAAAAUACAGCUUCCACAGAUCCUGCAGAAGUGUAAACAACAACCCCAGGUCCCAAACAACAACCACCAACAGCCUGUUGAUCCUAAAACACCAGCAGCUGAUGUGAAACCAACACUGGAGCUACCAAAAGUAGCGGCUGAGGGGAUGAAGGCAGGACUUGAUAUUUCCAAACCUCCUGGUGAUUCAGUUAAAGAUGACAAUAAACUACCUUCUCAAGGUCUGCUCUCUGAUAGUGUGAAGGACAAAGAAGAUAAACCUUGGUCGGAGAAAGGACCAGGGGAGAACCGAUUUGGGGUGACACCGAGUCAGUACACAACAUAUUCUGUGACAGACUGUCGUGGCCUGGUGAAGACGUUGGUCUGCGGAGUGAAAACCAUUACAUGGGGCAUUGUGUCCUGCAAAGCGGCAGGUGUUGAUGCGACAGUGAUGCAGAGUAAACAGUUCUUACCGAAGGAGGCUCUAGUCUACAUCCGCCUGGUAAAGUACGCCCUACAAGCUCUGGAUAUAUACACCAUCAAUGUAUCUCCGUCAGGACAGGCUGUUAUCAGACCUGCUGUGGUACAGACUGUAAGGACCAAGGAAGAGAAAGAAGUCCUGGAACAUUUUGCUGGUGUGUUUACUAUGAUGCACACUCUGACAUUCAAGGAAAUAUUUGCCCAGACAGUAGAGUAUAUGGUGGAUAGAAUUCACAACAACUAUGCUCUUCAGAUUGUGGCAAACUCGUUUCUGGCAAACCCAACCACCUCUGCUACUUUUGCCACAAUCCUGGUUGAUUACCUUCUGGCUCGUCUGGAGGAGAUGGGUUCUACUAUGGACCGAUCAAAUCUGUACCUGAAACUUUUCAAGCUGGUGUUUGGUUCUGUGUCGCUGUUUGCUGCAGAGAAUGAGAAAAUGUUAAAGCCCCAUCUUCACACAAUUGUCAACCGAUCUAUGGAGUUGGCAAUGAGUGCAAAGGAGCCGUAUAACUACUUCCUGUUAUUGCGGGCUUUGUUCCGCUCCAUUGGAGGCGGUAGUCAUGACCUUCUGUACCAAGAGUUCCUGCCCUUGCUACCAAAUCUACUGCAAGGCCUUAACAGUCUACAGAGUGGACUACAUCGCCAGCACAUGAAGGACCUGUUUGUGGAGCUCUGUCUGACUGUCCCUGUCCGACUCAGCUCUCUACUGCCUUACCUACCUAUGCUGAUGGAUCCACUGGUGUCCGCACUUAAUGGAUCACAGACCCUUGUCAGUCAGGGUUUGCGGACACUUGAAUUGUGUGUUGACAAUCUCCAACCUGACUUCCUGUAUGACCAUAUACAACCUGUCAGGGCAGAGCUUAUGCAGGCCUUAUGGAGGACACUACGAAGUCCUGUCGACAACAUUGCUCAUGUGGCAUUCCGGGUGCUUGGGAAAUUUGGUGGUGGUAAUAGAAAGAUGUUGAGGGAACCACAAAGGCUACAAUACAAUGACCGUGAGACUGUUGGACCCUGUAUCACUAUCUACUUCCAGGAUGUGAAAACUCCCAUCACCCUUCCGGUGGAAAAGGCGAUCGAUGCUGCCCUCACCACUCUGAAGUGUAGUACAUCUGACAACUUUGCAAGGAGACAGGCCUGGGAACUCAUCAAGUGUUUCUUAGUAUCUGUGAUGAACUUGGAGGAUGAUAAACAGACACUCACCAACCUAUUCACCCAUCCAAGCUUCACAGAGAAGGAAAUUCCCCUACAGACAGGACCCCUGUAUAAAAACCCUGAUUCUCAUUCACGGAGGGUCCAUGAACAAGCUCUUACGGGCAUGUUUGUCGCGGCUGCCAUUAAAGAGCUACGACAGACAGUGCUGACGUUCAUGGCAUGUAUGGUCCGCCAUUACACAAUGAUAUCAAUAUCCCAGCAGUGUGGUCCGUUCCCAGUAGGGGAGAAGCAAAGUAAACUACAUGGGAUGGACACACAGAUCCUGAUUGAUGCACUGGCUGUCAUCAUGGGCCACGAGGAGAAGGAGCUAUGUAAACCUGGCAACCUAGCUCUCAUCCUUAUCCUGGAUACGGCUACAACCAUACUUGGCAGCAAGGAGAAGGCAUGUCAGCUGCCCAUGUUUGACUAUCUGGUGGAGAGAAUGUGCUCCCUGUGUUACGACCGUGCCUGGUAUGCCAAAUGUGGAGGAUGCCUGGCCAUCAAGUUUAUGUAUGAACGAAUGUCUUUAAAAUGGGUACUAGAACACCAGUUUAUCUUCCUAAAGGCGCUGUUGUUUGUCAUGAUGGAUCUCACCAAAGAGGUGUCCAGUGGAGCAGUAGAUCUAGCUAAAUACAACUUGGAAAACAUGCUCAUCAAAUGUGCACAGGAGAUUAAAUCGGAGGAUGCUAAUGAGGAACUUCUAGCUGUGCAGAAAAAAUCAUUCAACGAUGUCACACACGAACUGGUGCGGCAGAUCACUUCCCCUAAUACCACAGUCAGGGAACAGGCAAUGCAUUCUCUGGAGGUCCUGGCUAAGACCAGCAGUAAGACAGUGACAGAGAUAAUGGAGCCCCAGAAACAGGUGUUACAGGACAUGAUUCCACCUAAAAAACACCUAUUACGUCAUCAGCCUGCCAACGCUCAGAUAGGUCUAAUGGAUGGUAACACCUUCUGCACCACUCUGGAGCCACGUCUCUUCACCAUUGACCUUAGUGUCAUAGAACACAAUGUUUUCUUUAAUGAACUACUGAGUCUCUGUGAGGCGGAGGAUGGAGCCCUACAGAAACUUCCUUGUUACAAGUCUGUCAAUGAUCUAGUCCCUCUCCGCAAGAGUGCCCUGCGUGCCCUAGCAGCCUGCCAUUAUAUUCCAAACCAGAGGGAGAAAUUGUUCUCCGUGUUGGAUAAGGCUCUCAACAGUAAUAGUGCUGAAUUACAGAGGGUUGCCUUUGACUGCAUGAAGAAGUUUAUCUCUGGAUGUCAGAUAGAGAUUGAGAUUGUUUAUAAGAAGAUGCGACCAUUGUUGUCAACACUGAGUGACCCCAGCAGUCUGAACAGUAAUGUGAUCCAGCGUCUCUCAUACAUCACACAACUCUUUCCAAAUAUCUUUAAUGAGAAAUUCUGUGAACAGUUACUGAAACACUUGAAGAAGUGGUUAGAUGUUGCUGCAACAAGUCAGAAACCAUCUCAAAAUAAAUCCAAUGGUCAAGUGAUCCCUCAGGAGUUGAAGACAUGUGCGUCCAUCAUUGAUAUCUUCCACAUGAUUCCUGCCGCCAGCAGUAAACUGAUUGAACCCCUUAUACAGAUCACUCUACUAGGGGAGAAAACUCUGUUUCUGGAGGCUGGCAGUCCGUUCCGUGACCCAUUAAUUAAUUUCCUGAUGCGGUACCCUGAUAUCACGGUUGAUUUGUUUCUUAAUGAGACACGCCUGGGCGAUCAACAAUGGACAAGACUCUUCCACUUCGUGAUCUCCCACAAGAACGGCAAACAGUUUCGAGAAGUUCUCAAAAAUAAUGCCUCUCGUCUGAUGAAUAUUUUUGCCAUUGCCCAGGGGACGACACCCACCACUACUGAUGUGUCUGUGUCGUCACCUGCUCCCUCCCCUACCCCAGGGCCGAAUGUUGAGCUGCAGUUCCAGGUCAUCAAGCUCAUCAGCCUUCUUGUGAGACAUGAGGAGGCGUGGCUCUCGCAACAUCCUGCCAUUGUGACAAGUCUACUACAGCUGUGGAAGUCGGAGGCUUUUCAGGACAGGCAUAACAAACUGGAGGCUGUAGAGAUGGUACAUUGGAAGGAACCUGCCCUACUCGUCAAGUGUCUUCUCAACUUCUUCAAGUACCACACCAAUGAGAAUGAGCUAUUGUUCCACAUCCUGCGAUGUUUUACAAACAGAUGUGUCGUCCAAUUCCAGUUUGUCAAGGAUUUCCUGGAUAAUACUGUAGCUGCAACUUACUCCAUCGAGUGGAAGAGGAGUGCCUUCUUUAAGUUUGUUGAUAUUUUCCAUGACUCCAAAUGGACGCAAGAAAUCAAGGCAAAGAUCCUGCAGCACAUCCUCAUCCCAUGUUUCCACCAGGUUUUUGAGAGUGGGGAUGGUGAGAAACUUAUAGGUGGACCGCCUGCUCCAGACCAAGACAACAUGGAAAACAUCAUCAGUGUUUUCAUCAACAAGAUCAUUGACCCAGACAACCCGUUCGGGACGUCUGAUGCUGUACGGAUUCUUUUACUACAACUGUCGUCUCUGCUGGUGGAACAAGCAUCGUCUCACAUACAUGAUGCUGCUAAUAAGAAGCAAGGGAACAAACUACGUCGACUGAUGACAUUCGCAUGGCCUUGUCUGCUGUCCAAGAACUGUGUUGACCCAGCGACGAAAUACCACGGCCAUCUAUUAUUGUCACACAUCAUUGCUAAGUUUGCCAUCCACAAGCGAAUCGUUUUGCAGGUUUUCCACAGCCUGCUAAAGGCGCAUGCUGUCGAGGCACGUACUGUUGUCAGACAGGCCCUAGAGAUACUCACACCUGCCAUGCCUGGACGUAUGGAGGAUGGAAAUGGGAUGUUGACUCACUGGACAAAGAAGAUUAUUGUAGAAGAGGGUCACACUGUGGCACAACUUGUUCAUAUACUACAACUGGUGGUGCGUCAUUUUAAGGUGUAUUAUCCUGUCCGUCAUCAUCUGAUCCCACACAUGGUCAACUCUCUACACAAACUUGGCUUCACCUCUAGUGCGUCUAUUGAGCACCGUAAGCUGGCAGUUGAUCUCGCUGAGGUAGUUAUAAAGUGGGAAAUGCAGCGAAUCAAAGACGACCAGGACCCAUCAUUUGUAGAGCCAGCCGGUCCAGAACUGAGUCAGGCCCUGACACAGAACCUACCAGUAAAGCGGUCAACAUCUGUAGAUUCACCUCAGGAAGCGAAGAGAUCUCGUCACUCAUCAGGAGCUAGCACAAGAAGUCAAUCUGACCUCACAAAGCCUAUAGAAAAGAAUUAUUGUGAUGCUGUGGUGAAUUUCUUACUGCGAAUAGCAUGUCAGGUUAAUGAGACACCUGGAUCUCCAGGUGAAAUUUUAUCCCGAAGAUGCGUGGGUCUACUGAAGACGGCACUGCGCCCAGAUAUCUGGCCAAGCACGGAGCUGAAGCUUGUGUGGUUUGACAAGUUACUGACGACUGUAGAAAACCCUCUACCUAACUUUAACAAUAUUUGCACUGCCUUGGAGCUCCUCAGCUUUCUUCUUACAAUACUGAAGAAGGAGACAAUACUAACAAGCUUUAAGCCACUCCAGCGCGGAAUUGCUGCCUGUAUGACCUGUCCUAACACUAAAGUUAUACGCGGUGUACACAGUCUUCUGUCCCGACUAAUGAGUUUCUUCCCUACGGAGCCUGUCACCUCAAAUGUAGCCUCCAAGUAUGAAGAGCUCGAAUGUUUGUACGCUUGUGUCAGCAAAGUUGUGUAUGAGGGACUCACUAAUUAUGAAAAGGCAUCCACUGGCUCGCCAUCCCAGCUGUUCAGCACACUGAUGAUAUUGAAAGCUGCCUGUAUGCACAAUCACUGUUACAUAGACCGACUCAUCACAACCUUCAUGAAGGUUCUACACAAAAUGGCACGGGAACACCUUGUCCCCACCUCUCCCGAAUCUAGUCCAGUUGCCAGUGAGCUAAUGAUACUGAGCCUGGACCUGGUGAAGAACAGAGUUGGGGUGAUGAGUCUGGAGAUGAGGAAAAGCUUCAUUGGGCAAAUCCUUGUUGGUCUCAUUGAGAAAACUACCGACUCGAAAGUGAUGAAGGCCAUUACAAAGAUGGUGGAGGAUUGGGUUAAAACCAAGACACCUAUAGCAAUCAAUCAGUCACCUAGUAUCCGCGAGAAAGCCAUCCUAUUGGCAAAACUCAUGCAACAUGUGGAGAAACGUUUCCCUGAUGAACAAGAGCUAAACGCCCAGUUCCUGGAACUAGUCAACUAUAUCUACCGGGACGAAAGUCUCAGUGGGACAGAGCUAACGUCCAAGCUGGAGUCGGCAUUCCUCAGUGGUUUACGCUGCAAUCAGCCCACCAUCAGACACAAGUUUGUUGAGGUAUUUGAGAACUCCAUCCCACGUCGGAUGUUUGACCGUUUGCUCUAUAUCACCUGUACACAGAAUUGGGAGGCCAUGGGCACACACUUUUGGAUCAAACAAUGUGUAGAGUUAUUGCUGUCGGUGGCGAUGAAUGGCCACAGUAUCCAGAGUUCCUCAUCCCUGAACCUCUUACCAUCAGCUAGCUCUAUUGUUAAUUUGGCAGACAGCCAAGACCGUGCCGCUUUCCAGACAAUCAUGAAAAUGAAAGAAGAACCUAUGGAUGUUGAGUCAGUUGACUCAAACAAGGAGGAGGAAGAGAUAGACAUGGAGUUAAGUGGUGUGUCAUCAGAUGAAAAUAUUCCUAAAGAACCACCUAAAAAAGAGAACCAGGAUCCUCGCCAGAACAUCAAUACUUUACUACAACGCCAGGCUAAGUUUCUAGAAAGCUGCCGUGAGGUUAAGACGGUGUCGUACCUGAACUCAUUAUCACAACUCUGCCACACAUCUACUGAACUAGGUCAUGCCUCCUGGGUCGAUUGCUUCCCACGAAUCUGGAAGAUACUCUCUGACAAACAGCAGCAGAUGUUAGGUGGUGAGCUGAUACCAUUCAUGUGUAGUGGAAGCCAUGUUAUACAGAAGGACUGCCAUCCCUCCUCCAUACACACGUUUCUGGAGGGACUGUCCCACUGUGUCCCACCAGUACACAUACGUCCCUGUGUCCUCAAGUACCUAGGCCGAACACACAAUUUGUGGCACAGAGCCUGUCUCCAACUGGAACAAAUUGCUUUUGAAAAUGGUCCAGCUGUCCAGGUGAAAAAUCGUCCAGUCAGCGAGUAUGAAUUUGAACCAGUCACUUCCCCACAACAGGAGACUUUGGAUGCACUCUGUGAGCUCUACUCCCUCCUGAAGGAAGAAGACAUGUGUGCUGGCUUGUGGCAGAAACGAGCCAAGUUUGCUGAGACCAACAUUGCCCUAUCAUAUGAACAACACGGCUUCUUUGAACAGGCUCAGACCUCUUACGAACAAGCAAUGAGUAAGGCACGCUCUGACCACAACUCUGGACCCGCCUCACCAUCAGUCCUGCCUGAGUACCGUCUGUGGGAGGAACGAUGGAUUCGGUGUUCUAAAGAGCUGAACCAGUGGGAUUUAUUAAAGGAGUAUGCUGGGGCCAAGGGUAACACCAAUCCCCACUUGGUCCUUGAGAGUGCUUGGCGAGUCCCUAAUUGGGCUCUCAUGAAAGAUGCCCUAGCUCAGGUUGAGCUGUCGUGCCCCAAAGAAAUGGCCUGGAAAGUUAAUCUGUAUCGUGGUUACAUCGCCAUUUGUCAGCCAGAUGACCAUCACCUCAACACUAUUGAGAGACUGGUAGAGGUAUCCAGUAACCUAGCCAUCAAGGAAUGGCGACGCCUUCCCAGCAUUGUGUCUCAUAUCCAUGUUCCCUUAUUACAGGCCGCCCAACAGAUCAUGGAGUUACAAGAAGCUGCCCAGAUUAACCAGGGUCUCCAGCCAGCUAACAUCACCCGCAGCUCCAGUCUUCAUGACAUGAAGGCCAUCGUCAAAACAUGGAGAAACCGACUGCCGAUGAUCUCGGAUGAUCUGUCCCACUGGAGUGACAUCUUUACCUGGAGGCAACAUCACUACCAGUUCAUAGUAGAACACUAUGACAACCACUCACAACAGGAUCCCCAAAACAGUAACCACUCAAUGUUGGGGGUUCACGCUUCGGCUCAAGCCAUCAUACACUUCGGCAAGAUUGCCCGCAAGCACAACCUUACAGGCGUGUGUCUUGACUCUCUAAGCAGAAUUCACACGAUACCCAGUGUCCCCAUAGUAGAUUGUUUCCAGAAGAUACGCCAGCAGGUUAAGUGUUACCUACAGAUGUCUGGCUCAAUGGGCAAAACUGAGCUCAAUGAGGGUUUGGAGGUCAUCGAAUCAACGAAUCUCAAGUACUUCACCAAAGAGUUUACAGCUGAGUUUUAUGCCCUCAAGGGCAUGUUCUUAGCCCAGGUUGGACGCUCGGAUGAUGCCAACAAGGCGUUCUCAGCUGCUGUCCAGAUGCAUGACACACUGGUCAAAGCAUGGGCUCUCUGGGGAGACUAUCUGGAGACUGUAUUCACUCGGGAAAAACAAAUGAACCUAGGUGUCUCAGCCAUCACAUGCUUCCUGCACGCCUGUCGUCAUCAGAAUGAGAGCAAGUCUCGCAAAUACCUGGCCAAGGUCCUCUGGCUUUUGACUUAUGAUGACGAAAAAACCACACUGGCCGAGGCUGUUGAUAAAUACUGUGUUGGUGUGCCACCCAUACAAUGGUUACCAUGGAUUCCACAACUGUUGACAUGCCUGGUGAGAAAUGAGGGCCGACUUAUCAUAAAUCUACUACAUCAAGUUGGACGCAUGUACCCCCAGGCUGUGUACUUCCCCAUCCGUACCCUCUACCUCACACUCAAGAUAGAACAGAGGGAACGCUUCAAGAGUGGAGAAUUCAGUCUGUCUCAAGGACGAACAACAUCUGGUGCGACAUCAACAACUGUUACCAUGGCAGCUUCAUCAGCAUCAUCCACUACCACCAACACAGUAUCUAAUCCGCCAACACCCUCGACACCUGCUACCCCUGGGACCCCAGACAGCAGCGGAACAGAUAAUAGUGUACAACCCACACAACAGACCUCCCAGGCCUCAUCACGACAGAGCUCCACCACCCAGGGAGAUGCUGGCCCAAUUAGGGCACCUGCACCCAUGUGGCGCUGUAGCAAGAUCAUGCACAUCCAGCGUGAUUGUCAUCCCACAAUUCUCAGCUCCCUAGAGGGAAUUGUAGAUCAGAUGGUGUGGUUCCGUGAGAAUUGGUACGAGGAAGUCCUUCGACAACUCCGACAAGGACUUGCAAAAUGUUAUGCAGUUGCUUUUGAGAAUAGAGGGGCAGUGGCUGAUGCAACGAUUACACCCCAUACGCUGAACUUCAUGAAGAAAUUAGUCAGUACUUUUGGUGUGGGGAUAGAGAAUGUGUCGAGUGUGACAACAACUUUCUCCUCAGCAGCUUCAGAGUCUCUGGCACGUCGUGCUCAGGCCACGGCGCAGGACCCAGUGUUCCAGAAAAUGAAGAGCCAGUUCACUACAGACUUUGAUUUUAGUGUUCCAGGAUCAACCAAGCUGCAUAACCUCAUCAGCAAACUUAAAAAGUGGAUCAAAAUCCUGGAGGCCAAAACCAAGUUACUGCCAAAGUCGUUUCUGAUUGAAGAAAAAUGUCGUUUCCUCAGUAAUUUCUCCCAGCACACAGCUGAGGUCGAACUACCAGGAGAGUUCCUUCUGCCAAAACAUAGUCAUUACUAUGUGAGGAUAGCCCGCUUCAUGCCACGUGUGGAGAUUGUUCAAAAACACAACACGGCAGCUCGGCGGCUCUACAUCCGAGGCCACAAUGGAAAGGUCUAUCCUUACCUUGUGGUCAAUGAUGCAUGUCUGACUGAGUCACGGCGUGAAGAACGAGUCCUACAGCUGUUACGCAUGCUGAAUCACUUCCUCACCAAACAGAAGGAGACUUGUCGACGUCUGCUAUAUUUCACCAUUCCCCGUGUGGUGGCAAUCUCUCCACAAAUGCGCCUUGUUGAGGAUAAUCCGGCUUCCAUUUCCCUUCUGGAUGUCUACAAACAGAGGUGUGCCAAGCGAGGAAUUGAACAUGACGCCCCAAUUGCUCGUUACUAUGAGCGUUUGGCAACAGUUCAAGCACGAGGAGCUCAAGCGAGUCACCAAGUACUUCGCGAUGUUUUGAAGGAAGUUCAAACUAACAUGGUGCCACGCGGCCUCCUCAAGGAAUGGGCUCUACACACUUUCCUCACUGCUACAGACUACUGGACCUUCAGGAAAACUAUGACAAUACAGCUGGCAUUAAUGGGCUUUGCGGAGUAUGUUCUCCACCUAACAAGGAUGAACCCAGAUAUGAUGUAUCUCCAUCAAGACUGUGGCUAUCUUAACAUCUCCUACUUCAAGUUUGACAUAGACGACCAAUCAGGUGACUUGGAUGCCAACCGACCUGUCCCAUUUCGCCUCAGCCCUAAUAUUGCCGAUUUCCUGACAACUACGAGUGUUACUGGACCUCUCACGGCCUCCAUGGUGGCUGCAGCGCGUUGUUUUGUCCAGCCUCAGUAUAAACUACCCAGCUUCCUACGAACUAUCCUACGUGACGAAUACAUCACAUGGCACAAAAAGAAACAAGAGGAGACAACUCCUGGUAGUGAACCCUCGGACAUGGAUGGUGAACAGCUUAUAGUUAUGGUCAGCAAAGCUGUUCAGGCGAUUACAACUCGCUUACAGAAUCUGGCAAAGUUUGAUGGUGCAGAGAGCAGUGUAAGUACUCUUGUUGCUGCCGCUAACAGCCAUGACAACUUGUGCCGCAUGGACCCAGCGUGGCAUCCCUGGCUCUGAUGUGUCAUACACACAGUUAAGAUAUAUCCUGGAUCUGUUAUGUGAUUGUCAUGCAGUCCUGACAUUAUGGAUGGACUCUCAGAAAUUGACUGGGAUAAGUGACUAAUUUGGCCACAGUCAUCGUCAAGGCUAGAACUGGUGUAGCAACCAUACACAUCUACAAACUAGUUAAUGGUUCAGGGACUGGCUGUGUUUCUUUUACUGACUGGUGAAUGUGGCUUUAAAUUCAGAAAUCGAUGAAGACACUAAGAGGAUGUGUUGAGUGUCGCUGUAGACAUUUCUUCUUGCUGUACUCAAGUUAUUCAGUUUUGAUGUCAAAAGUAGUGGCGAGACAUCAGCGUAGUGCUAUUUUGUAUAUGUGAUAAUUUCAUUUUCUAGCAUUUAGAAUUUGUAUGUUAAAUCUGUCAAUGCAACUCAUCUAUAAUGUUGCCAUUGUACUGUCAAUACCAUGUGAUAUAGACAAUUAUGUUGUAUAAUAGUUUUCUGUCCAUAUCUACGUCUGUUGGUGGUGAUUAAGUAAGGAUUUACUUUAUAUCAUAGCAUCACCCCACCAAGGUCUAAACCUUAUUAGAUUUUGUUAGUCAUGGGUCUAGGUUAAAGAUCAAAGGUCACCCUUGACCACUUGAAAUAAAAUGCUUGUGUACAUGAUAUCUGAUGAACCCCUUGAUGAAUUAGUCCAUCAGUUGAUUUCAAUUGGAAAACGUCACCGGAACACUAACAUUUGAUGGUGAGACAACUAUAAAUAGGAUGAGUCAAAGAGACUGUCACCAACCAUUUAAAUCAGAUGAAGAAACUGUGUGGUUUGGGUAUAUGUGUGGCCCUGCUCACGUUUUUAUUUGUAUUGUGUGUCUGAGGCAGCUUUGAUGGUUUUGAAUCAUGAUGAUUGUGUUUAUAGUUUUCUAUAAUUGUACCAAAGGUUAGAAGAAUUCUAAUUUUGUUUAUUUAGUUUUAAGAAUAUGAUAAAGUAACAUUGAUCUGAACAGUCCUAUUUCAUGUAACAGUUAUUGUUUGCCAAUACUUCAUCACUUGCAUCAUUUUCGAACAUGCAUUUGUCUUUAAGUUAUUUUUAUCUUUGGUUGUAAAUGUCCGAAAAGUAUUCAAUAUUUUGAAGAUGUGUUGAAUGCAUGCUGUUUUCUAAGGUGGAAUAUGAAGAGGAGGAUUCACGGCUGCUGCUCUCCUGUUUCCAUAGUCUUAAUAUUAGUAAGAAAUUACAUUGAUCUGAAAAUUGAAUGCAAAUCCUGGCUCUGUCAUUUAAAAAACCACAAUUAAUUUAUAAGGAUAUAUUCAGUUGUGUAAUAAAAGAUUUAUGAUGGCAAUUAUUUUCACAACAAUUUCUUAUAAAAUUUAUCGACUUUUAGAUGAAAUGCACCGAAAAAUUCAUUUUUCUAUUAAAUAAGGUUGUUAAUAUGUUAUGAAACUGGACAUUUUUGAAGUAAUCCUGAACUUCCAGUCAACAUAGAUCCCUUAGGAUAUGUUAAUUUUCUGGAAAAGUUUCAUACUAUGAAUGUAUGUUUGACUCCAUAUCUGAUAUUAGUACAGUUGAUUAAGGUAAUGUAUUUUGAAAAUAUCAUGUGACGAGAGUGAUUUGUGUGUUAGUUGUAGAUACAAGCUAUUUUUGGAUAACUGUUAGAGAUUGAUUGUUUGAUGUUCACACCUUUUUCAUCUCUCCUCUGUCUAUUGAAUUUGUAAAGCAGUCAAGUACGAUAGUUCAGUAUUUGUCAAUUGGCAUAUUUUCUCAAGGGAUUAAUUUCUGUGAAAAAUGGAUUGUCCUUAUUUCAUUUUUGCACAAAUAUAAAUACCAUUGGAAAAAUGAAAUACUGAACAGCUUGAUUCAUAAAAUUGGUAUAUCAGAUUGAUUUGUAUAUAACCCGAUACGUCUCGGGGACAGGUUUAUAUGUUUAUCCCUUAAGAAGCUGAAGGUUAUUUUAUGGUCAAUUUGGAAUUAGUUUCCUGACAAAUUCUGUUGGUAUUUUAAAUAAUUCAUUUUGUUUUGUGAUGGAAUAUGUUUGUCUUUAUAGAGAAACAAGUCCUUUGGUCUUCUAACAGUAAUAUGUAUGUUACUUUCAAUUUUCAAGUUAUGUAUAUCACUUCAUGAUUAACGUCCAAAAUUCAAUGUAGGAUUGUAGUCAUACUGCAGCUAUGAUAAUAGUAGAAAUGAUUUUAUUUCAUUUGUUGACAUUGUACAUCUUCAAAACUCCAUUCAUCGUUUUAGUAAGCCCCUAUUGAUAAACCCAUGUGUAUGUUUUCAGUCAAAUGAAUGAACUCUUGUCAUUUCCUGUUAUGUAUACAAUAGAAUACAAUCAAAUGAUACACACGUGGAAUUGUUACAUUAUUCAAAAGUUCCAGUGUAGUCAAAUUUAAAAGGGAAUAUUUUGUUGAGUAUUUGACAUAAAGUAGAUGUUUAUUUAUUGUGGUUAGUCGUCAAUAGGUCUCUCAGCUGGAUUGUUGAGAGUUCUCCUCCAUCAGUUAUUGGGAACAAAUCAUUGACAUUAACUAGGAAGUCAUAUCCUUCAGCUAUUUUUGUAUCAAACUUACGUUCAUGACAUGUAAAUAUUUAUGUAUAAGUUAUGUAAAUAGGAGAUAGAAUCAUGUAAAUGAUAUGCACCAUAGUAUUGUGAUAAAAUGAAAACAUGCUAAUAAAACUGAUAAACUAU